AAUUUUUGAAUGGAAAGCGGAAGAAGAAUAAUCACCGAUUCUCUUCUCGUUAAUUAUUGUUCGUAGAAGAACGGCAAAGCGAUUGAAUAUGAAUUUCAGUAGACGGUUAUCUAAAUUAUACAAAUACAGAAGGCUCUGUACGGACGCUAAGACCGUUACCUCAGUGCCUAAAGUGAAUCUAGAAUUACCACAACCGGAGUACGAUAUCGACUACUUGUGCAAUGUGGAUAAUAAGCAAGAUAUUGCUGAGAAUAUAAAGCAAAGAAAAGGUAUCGGCGAUAUUGAUAAGGUUCAUCGACUGCUUGAAACAUCAGCCUCUAGAGAAUUGUUGAACAUAGAGCUUGAAAAAAUACCAAAUCAAACAGAUCCUCGUAUCUUGGAUUAUUGCAAAGACGGGAAAGUUUUAAACACUUGUGGUUCUAUGCCUACCUUUGAUUUCAAGCCGCAAGAGUUUGAAGAUCUAGCUAAACAAUUGGAUCUUGUUCGUAGAGAAAACUUGGGACAAUUAUCUGGUACUAGAAGUUAUAUGCUUAUCGGAGAUCUUGCCGAUCUCGAAGAGGCUUUGGUUCAUUACACACUCGGUCACCUCAUCAGUAGAAACUUUCGGGUGAUUUCGGUACCUGAUAUUCUACCUUUGGAGAUCAUUAAGCGGUGCGGAAUGAUUGUCGAAGGGACGAGAACACAGAUCUAUCACUUGGAUUCUGGUCAUGGCCAUGGUCAAAGUUUGUCUGGAACUGCAGAAAUGGCUAUUGCAGCGAAACUUGCUGGUGCUCGAUUGUCUCUCGAGCAUUUGCCCCUUAAGUAUGCUGCUGUUAGCAGGUGCUACCGAGCUGAAGGCUCGAACGUCGCUGCAGAGAGAGGUUUAUAUAGGGUACAUCAAUUCACAAAGGUAGAAAUGUUUGUUUGUUGCCAACCGGAUCAAUCCUCCGAACUCUUGAAUGAACUUCUGUCGAUCGAAGAAGAAUUAUUCAGUAGUUUGGAGAUUCAUUUCAAAGUUAUAGAUAUGUCUCCCCACGAUUUGGGACCUUCGGCUUACAGAAAAAUGGAUAUUGAAGGUUGGAUGCCUGGGCGCAAAAUGUUUGGUGAAUUAUCUAGCUGCAGCAACUGCACAGAUUAUCAAUCUCGUAGGCUUGGAAUAAAGUAUGAGACGGCGGAUAACAGAUUGGAGCAUGUUCACACUUUAAAUGGUACGGCCUGUGCUAUACCGAGAAUGUUAAUUGCUCUAUGUGAAACGCAUCAAACUGAACGAGGCAAUAUUAGGAUACCUGAAAAAUUGUUGUCUCUUAUGAAUGGUCAACCUAUUAUACAGAAACAACGUUUAGCACCUAUGAGGUUUACUAAGUACAAACCAACCGUACAAUGAAUAUGUCGAAAAGUUGUUUUCAAGUACCUCAUUUCAUCUGGUCUUUAUUCACUUUCUACGCUUUUGCUGUUUAGAUUGCAGUAUUCAAAUUCAUCAGUAAUCACAUUAUUUCGAAAAAUUAAUGAUACAACACGAGUUGUAGUUUAGAUAUGGGAAAAGAAGAAACUGUACACAGGUAGAAUAGGCAAAGUAACAACAUAAUUGAAAAUUCCGCUCACAAAUUUAGUUUGAUAUUUUAUUUACUCAAAACGGACAAACUAAAAUGAUUGAACACAUGAAACAGUUUCUCGUUUUCAUAUUCACGUUCAAGAGAUUGAUGCCUCAUAUUCCAUUUUACAAUACAACAUUCACAUUGGCCUUGUAUCGUUCACUUACUCAAACAGUAACUGUUAACUGGUAUCAGUGUUGAAGAUUUAAUUUUACUUAUUUGUGUUCAAUUAAAUUUUAUCAUUCAAAAAUGAUGCUAAAGUCCAAUGAAGAAAUUCAUCUUCAAUGAAUCAAUUCUACCAGUUCGUAUCUGCAGAACGUACAAAUUCUGUUUUACCCAAAACUGCUAAAAAUUGUCUUAUUUAUUUCUAUAUGUUAUGAAUUCUGCAUACCUCCGCUAAUUGAACCAAUAUAAUUCUUCCCGAAGGCUCACUCAUACAGAGGGUGUUCCCCAAUGAAAUUUUUCCAUUCAACAAACUGUUCUCUCGAUGAUAAAAUAAAAACAUAGACUUCCUUGAAAUAAGGCUCGGCUUACAUAUUUGAAUAUGUAAUUUUUGUCCUGCAUAAGAAGCUUUAAAUUAACUACCCUAGAUAUUAAAGUACAUUUUCCA